AUGGUCGCUGACAAUUCGGAAAAAUCGACAAAAUCUGUGGCAAACGGAAGUUUGAUCAGCACGGUGUCUUGUAAAGAGGAUUUGCCAAAUUCGAUUAUUGUUACACAAGUUCCUGAAGAGGUUUUCGUGAAUCCGGAUGACAAAGCCAAUUUUUCGAAGCUGUUCACACAAAUCGAAGAGCAUAUUCAUUUUGAUUUUUUGAAAUCUUUUCGACGAGUUCGAGUUAUAUUCAGGUUGGUUUUUUGUGAUAUUUUUGGGAGAUCGGAGAUAAUUAGAAAUGUCUUGAAAUCUUGGUGAAACCCAGAUUUUUCGAGAACAUGAAAUUAAUUUUCAAAUUUCGAAAGAGAAUAAUCCUCCUUUUUCACAUUUCUUCGAAUGUUUCCAUCACAAAAUCCAAAAUUUCCAGUUCUCCUGAAAACGCGACAGCCGCAAAAUUGAUUGUCCAAGGAUUCUCAUACAAAGGCCACGAAUUGAAAGCGUUUUUCGCUCAACGUGUGUAUUUGAGUGCAAGUCAAUCAUCGACUCUUUUAUCACCACCUCCACUCGAAAAACAAUUCUUGAUUUCACCGCCAUGUUCACCACCAGUUGGAUGGGAACAAAUGAAAGAAAUGGCGCCGGUUGUAUGCAAUUUCGAUUUAAUGGCACGUUUGGCAUCAUUUGCUAUUGAUGAAAAGUUCGUUUUUGAUUUAAAUUUGCACAAAAAAAAUCACUGGCGAUUCAAUUAGCUCCUAGAAAAUUGAUCCGAAUUGAUACUUCAUAAUUUUCUAUUAAACUAAAAAUCUUCCAUCUUUCAAGAAACUAAAAAAAUCUCGGUUCACUCCUGAACAAAAUUAAUUUUCCCUGAAACAAAUCAACAUUCCUAUUGCAGAUACGAAGUUCAUAACGGCGAUGAAAGCACCCCUACAAUCGUUGUCCAUCCAUGUGAAACCGCUUUGGAUCAUCCAUCAGCCAUCGAAAUGCCACGAACUCCAAGACCUGAGCCCAUUUAA